GUGGUGAUAAUGAGAACUAUUUACAUUGGGUUAACCGAGAGGAAGAAACUCUAAUCUUCACUUCUUGCCUCUUCCUCUAUCAAUGCUUCUACCCUGUAAGCAUCUGUUCUUCAUGGUGAGGAGAUCGAUGAAGCCUCCGUUAUAAGCCACAGUCAGUAUCAGGUGAUGGACUCUGAGGUGUCUGUGCUGCUGCACUGUGCAGCCUGGAGGGGGCUACUGGAGUCACAGGUACAGGUGGAGCUGUCAGACAGAUUUAACAGGCGGACAGAUCCGACACUGGAGUGUCAAAUAGAGGAGGUUUGGUCAGAGCGAGUGUCCAAGGAGCCGUGGCUGUUCAAUGGGUCCAAAUUCAGACUGCACUCUUUCUGCAUAGCAUCUGCUAUGUGUAACUCAUCGUUCUCCAUGUCUCCUAAACACACACACUGCGCUGAUUCACCCCACAUCCCGGAGUCAGGCUGCUCACUUGAUCAGGAGGGGGAAUUAAAACACAGCAGACAACAAAGAGAAAAGGAGAUCUUGUGUAGCAGAGAUUGUCUGUUUGAUGUUGCGCAGAACAAUUUGGAGAAAAGAAACAGAAGUGUGACUCAGGCUGAAACCAACCAGGCAGCCGCUCUAUCAACACAAGCCUCGUCUGAUGAGAGCGUUUCACAGAUCACAGAAGAUUCCGAGUCCGGGCCACUCCUCACUCUGAGACUGGGCCUGACGUGCUACAAGGACUACCUGGGAACAAACUGGUCCUGUCGAGAGGCAGAACUGCGUAAGCUGGGAGAGGCGGAGUUCAGUGAUCUGGCGCUGCUGGCUCAGCCUCUGGGCGUUGGCGGAGUCCUGUGUACAAGUGACAGACAGGUGGUGCUGAUCAGGAGGAGUCAGAGGGUGGCGGAGGCAGGGGGGCUCCUGGACAUCCCCGGAGGACACCCAGAGCCAAAGGCGGUGUUUGAGCGUCUGGGCCGGGCAGUGCAGGAGGAGCAGAUUAGUGUGGACAUGAUGCAGCCGAGGGCGGUUGUCUCAGAGCUCUACUCAUCCGUCUGCGCUGAGAUCAGAGACGAGGUAAACAUUCCUCUGAGGGUCCUCGGAGAACCGGUCCUGAUGGGCGUCGCCCUGAAUCACAUCAGCGCAGGCAGACCAAGUGCUGAGUUCUAUGUCAGUUGCUCGUUGACAUCAGAAGAAGUCAGAGAGUUGUACUGGAAAGGAGGCGCGGAGGCCAAUGAGUCCACAGAUAUCGUCUUCCUCAGCAGAAAGGAUGUGUUGCAGCUGGACAGACGCAGCCCGCUGUGGUCCGAGCUGUGUCCUUCUGCUAAAGGAGCCGUGCUGCUUUAUCAGAUGGUGAGGCCAGACGAAGAGUGAGGAAUGAGAGGACACAACGCAUGAGGGGAAAAAUCCCGUUGAAAUGAACAAACUCAGACAGAAACAUAUGAGUCAAGUUCAGGUAUUCAUUAGUCUUUGCUAAAUAGCACACUGACCAAAACUGGAAAUACUAUUUAUACCAUUUACACUCUGUACAGGAAAUGUGUGAGCAUAUUUUAAAUACAAUUCCAAAAGUGACUUUAUUUUAAAUUGUAAACAUUAUUUAAUAAUAAAAAAAGACUGAUUAUCUCUUUGUAACAUCACAUGUUGAUGAAAUGUUUUUCUAUUGUAAAAACAAACAGUGCAGCUGUAUCUUCUCGCUCCAGGUUUCUUCAUCAGUAGCCUUCAUAGCCAAAGUCUCAGUAGUAGAAGCUCUGAUUCACAUGCCCUACAUUCCACUGAGAAGGAAAUGAAACCAAAUAACAAUGAAAUAUUGUUGAAUUAAAACCUUAAAAUAUCAUUCCUGAGUUUCGUAUGAAUAUAUUGGGGUUGAUUUUGUAAAUGAUGGCAAUCUUAUCUGAAAUAUUCAUAGUACUUUCAAAUGCCCCUUACACACUGUCAUAUCGACCUGAUGUAUAAGUAGAAAAUAAAUGGUUGUAAAUAUUAUAUCUUUGAUUAAAAUAGUUAGAAGAAUGGAUCUGAAAAUAUA